UCAAUUUUUACUGUGAGAAUGAAAGGAUGAAAAUCUAUAGCGUCACACAAUGUAGUUGGCGUAGCUUGAGAAAAAUCAAUAUGAAUUGAAGUUACAUGUUUGGGGUGAAGAUCUCUGCAUACUGGUAUAUUUAUAUAUUAAGUAUAUUUUUUAUUGAUUUGGAAACAAUAGUUUUAUAUAGCUAUUUAAUAUUCUUGUUUUUAUAAUAUAUUCAUUCUGUUGUAUUCUGAAUGUUUGUUCAGUGCUCUGGGUGCUUUGGCACAAAAAGGGGCACUAUUUAAUUAAAAUUAUGUUCAGUGUCUAAGCUGAAAUAUCUUGAAUUUAUCUGAAAUGUUGUCUUCUGCCAAAUAUUUUCUCAUCCAUUUAAGUUUUGUUUCAGUAAAAAUGUACAAUAAAACCUCACUAAUCUGCGCCAAAAAUGCACAUGCUCAAUAUCACAUGUGCUCAAUUGUAAAUUCACCUGAACAGUACGUUUAAAGGUUGAGCCAUUACAUAAACCUCGUGAUCUCCAUUUAACCAUAUAACUCUUAUGAUAAAGGCUUAAAUAGUGUGCAAGACCUUUCCCUGGAACUCUUCGCUGAAAUGAAUAUUACCCUUUGGGAAUUAUAGGGCCAUAUUUUAAUGGGCAAACCUUGUACACAUGAAUUAGUUGUUGCAUGCAUUUGUACUUCUGAAAAUGUAGGUCUGGUUCCUUUGUGAAACCCAUCCUCUUCGUAAGCUAGACUGGUCACUUUCUGACUGUCGUAAAAUAAUCCUUGUGACUCCAUCUUAAUGAAGAUCGGAUUUAUUCAUUUGUAUCUUUUAUUCAAUCUAGUAAAGUUAAAUUGUGUAACAGGAUUUUUUUAAAAAGCAGAAAUAUUCAAAUAUAUAAAACUGGUCUAUGCUAAAGUCUUCUUCAGUUCUUUUCUCAUUGUUAGCUGAGCAAUUUGGACUGCUAGUUGCUAAUGACACUGAUGAGCUCAAGUUUUCUAUUAUUUCAAAAUCUCCUUCUAGAGAUGUUAUUGUUAACUGGAUUAAGCAAAUUCCCCAAGUGCUAAUUCUUAAACAUGCCAAGAUUUAUAAUUCAAGGACAUCCAUCAGGUAGACUAAUUCUAUCACAAGUAAACUGAUUGUUGUGGUCAAGCGUACCCAGUUUGCCAGUAAAUUUUCUUUCCAAGUCACAGUACAGAUGGUAUAAGGCAUUCCUGUGGGUAUGCCUUAGGUGUGGGUGGUACUUUGUUUCUUAAUCAAGUUAAUUAAUGUCCAUUCUAUUUUUUUUUUUUUAUUUCCACAUGCUGUGGUAGCUUCUAAUUAAAUAUACAAUGGUUUACUAAAGCAGAUUAACUCACUAAAACGUUUCACAAAAGACAUGAAUGUAGGUUCACCAAAUGGUAAACAAAUAAGAUGUUUGACCUGUAUAGCUUUAACAUACAUCUAUUUUGGAAACAUACCAACUUUUGGGAUAAGACAUGGGAAAGAUAGAGAAGAAGCUGAAUCACUAAAAUCCACUAGAAACUAACUUAAUAAUCACUAAUACCAUAGUGCACUUUCAAAUAUUUUUACUGUGAUCAUCAAUCAGCUUCCUCUUCAGCUUGCUAUGUAGAAGAGAUACUUAUUUAGCUUUUUAAUUAGAAAUAAAUGUGUUUAAGCAUUAAUAUUAUAGUAAGCCUAAAUUCUAUGUAAUUGAGCAAGAAUCCUUGAAUAUACAGCAAUAAAUCUUUUACUCAGUCUGAUGAUGGCCAUAUUAUACAAUUGAAAGAUUUCACAAGAAUUGUUAGCAUGGAGAGCGUAUGUUAAAGUUUCAGAUUUUUUUGGCAGCCAUUCUUAUUUACCAGACAUAUCCAAACUGUAUCUUGGAUAGCUGUAUUUAUUAGUGUCGGUAUUAAGUGGUGGAUUUAACAUACAGCAUUAACAUAAUAAACUGAUACAUCCUGACAAAUCACUUAAGCUAUAAAGUUUGUUUAAUUAUGCAUUGAGGUAACAAAGCGAUACAUUUACAAAUUCAUAUAAAACCCUAUUUUAUUGGCAAGUAUGGGUAAAAUUUAAAAAGAAAUCACCACGAUAGGUCAGAUGGCUUUGUAAGGAAGCAGGGAGGGAAAUGGUAAGGUUGGCAUACAGACCAUUUGGGCGGGGGGUCAGGGGGGAGGGUGUUCCCUACAGACUGACUUAAUGGAAUCAAAACUUAUUUCUUUUUUGUGAGAAAAUGUUAAUAGAAUAUUAAGAGUCUGCAGAGAACAGCAAUAUUUGCAAACCCCUUAAUUACAGUUGUCAAACACCAGUCCCACAAUGUGGAUCUGGCCUGCUAAAUGUAUUUUUGGUGGCCUAGAUUGCAUAGUCAGAUUUCUGCACUGUUUUGGCUUUCAUUUUAGAAAGCUUCUAUCUAGCCCUUGAAGAGAUAACCUAACAUGUAUACUGAUGCAGGAAUGGCUUUUAGUGAUAUGUACCUUCCCAUUCCUAUUAAUCUCAUUGGGUUUAACUCCAAAUUCCAGUUGUGACACUUUGUCAGCCUUAACUAUUUCAUUGCUGAUAAUUUUAGUGACUGGAAAGGGGUGGUUGGGAAUUGAGGGUUUUUCCUACCUCUCAGCAGGAAAGGAAAUGCAGAGAAAGAAGAAAGGAAGAGAAAUACAAAAACAGGGAAGAGGGGAAGAGGACUAAAGGUGGAUGGGAAAGAGACACAAAGAACAAAAAUAGUCGUGGUCCUAAAGUUGACCAAAUUUUUCCACUGAGUAAUGCUGAAUAUGGUAAGACACUAACAAAUAAUAAGUAAGUUUGUUACUAUACAGAGACCAUAUUCCACUCAUGAUCUUUUUGUAAACUUACUAUUGACAUCAGUGGGAGUUCCAUGAAUGGAGGGAGAUAUGUAGUUGUAAAUAUAUAUCAUGGCCCAUAGAUAUAAUUUAAAAUGGCAUUUGGCCUCCUCCACAGAAUGAAUUUGACACGCCUCCCUUUAACAAAAAACCUGCAGGGAAUUUUUGUUCUUGGGCGUUUUUUUUUUUUUUCUCAUCAUUGGGUAUAAACCUGACUGAAGAUAUUAGUUAAAACAUUUUUCCUUGUUAACUGCUUGUUUUUUUAAAAAAUUAGAAGAUAAUUCCUAUGGAAAUUUCCUAGUAGAACACUCAGCCAAGUCUGCCUCUUCAUUGUGUAAUCAGCAAUCUUGAUUUUCCCCAACACUGAAAGAUACAUGAGACAACAUACAGAAAGCAAGAGUGCUGCAGAAUGUUGAGGAAUGGAACACAGGUUGGCUGGUGGCCUGAGACAUGCAGCUGCCAGUAUAGCAGGUCUUGAAGCAUACAAGCAUAUGAAGUUUGAAGGAGGCGUGCAUCGUGUUCAACGAGUGCCAAAGACAGAAAAGCAAGGCCGUAUUCACACCAGUACAAUGACUAUCGCACUAUUACCCCAACCCAUGGAGAUCAAUCUGAUAAUUAAUCCUAAAGAUUUACAAAUUGAAACUAAGAGAGCCAGUGGAGCUGGGGGCCAGCAUGUAAAUACAACUGACAGUGCUGUACGGAUAGUUCAUAUUCCAACAGGUGUAGUGUCUGAAUGUCAACAAGAGAGAUCUCAAAUCAGAAAUAAAGAGAAGGCUUUGCAAAUGCUUCGUGCUAAACUAUACAGCAUCAAACUAGAAGAAGAGACAAGAAAGAGAUACAAUGCCAGAAAGAUUCAGAUUGGGACCAAAGGAAGAUCCGAGAAGAUCAGAACAUACAACUUUCCACAGGAUCGUGUAACUGACCACAGGAUAAACAGAACAGUGCAUCAUAUUGAAAGUUUUAUGUUAGGGGAAGAACCGCUAGAUGAAAUGAUAACAUCCCUGAGGGAAUAUGCUGAUUAUGAAACUUUAAUGGAAAUUAUUUCAGAAAAUGUAAAAACAAAUCUGACCUGAACUUUGUUCUUUGCUAAG